AUGAGCGGCAAGAUCGUGGCGCUCAAGAAGGUGCGCUUCGACAACCUGGAGCCCGAGAGCGUGCGGUUCAUGGCCCGGGAGAUCCUCAUCCUCCGCCGCCUCGACCACCCCAACGUCAUGAAGCUCUACGGACUCGUCACCUCCCGCAUGUCCUGCAGCCUCUACCUCGUCUUCGACUACAUGGUCCACGACCUCGCCGGCCUCGCCGCCAGCCCCGACAUCAAGUUCACUCUGCCCCAGGUCAAGUGCUAUGUGCAUCAGCUGCUGUCAGGGUUGGAGCAUUGCCACAACCAGGGAGUGCUGCACCGCGACAUCAAGGGCUCGAAUCUACUCUUGGAUGACGACGGUGUGCUGAAGAUUGGGGACUUUGGUCUGGCGUCUUUCUUCGACCCGAACCAUAAGCAACCGAUGACCAGUCGUGUGGUGACGCUGUGGUACCGGCCACCAGAGCUGCUGUUGGGUGCUACGGAUUAUGGAGUAGGUGUCGACUUGUGGAGUGCCGGAUGUAUCCUUGCCGAGUUGCUGGCUGGGAAGCCUAUUAUGCCGGGACGGACCGAGGUAGAACAAUUGCAUAAAAUAUUUAAGCUAUGCGGAUCCCCCGCUGAAGAAUAUUGGAAAAAGUCAAAGCUGCCUCAUGCAACCAUAUUUAAGCCCCAGCAGCCGUACAAAAGGCGAAUAGCAGAGACAUUCAAAGAUUUCCCGCAAUCAGCACUUCGGCUGAUUGAAACACUCCUAUCAAUUGAUCCCGCCGAUCGUUUAACAGCAACUGAUGCAUUAAAUAGUGAUUUAUAUGCCCUCAUGAUGUUAGAGUUAAAUCCAAUUCAUUGGAAUCACAUUGAGAUCACGGUAUCUUGUUAG